UCGCCAGUACCGCGCCCGCGAUCGCCCACCCCGCCCAUGCCCGCCUUCGAGGCACCCAUCGUCGACAACUCGGCUCUCCAGCUCCUGACAAAGACGGUCUCGCUGCCAAACGAGGCCGGAAAACCUACCGCGGAUUACAUCCAGCCUCCGGCGAGGAAACUGUGCGUGCGGCAUCAGCGGAUGGCAGAUGAAGGGACGAACUUGAAGCUGCAGCAGGCACUCGAUGCACUCCCCGUCGAGGAGCGCGAGGCCGUCAGCGCUGUCUGGUCCAACUUUUCCUCGUCCCCCCACCCGCGCCGGGCCCUCAUCCUCCACGGCUUGCUCACCAUGUGCUGCUUCUCCCAACUCUCCCUCCUCUCCGACCAACUCGCACAUCUCAUCCGCCUCGACCCUUCACCGGGUAUCUGCGAGCAGCACAUCGGGCAGAAAUGCCUAAAGUGCGGCUGGGGCCUGCCCAUCCUGGAGAAGCGGAGGAUGGCCCGCAUGCCGUCCACUCGCUCGCCGUCGCCCCCGAUGGGCGAGAGCGCCGUUGCGCGCGGCAAGCGCGUCGCUGCUCCGGACGCCUCAAUGGCGGGCCCGCCCUCAAAACGACAACGACGUGACGGCGGCGAGUCACCGACAGAACGUCCGCAAUCCCCUGCGUUGGUCGCUGCCCCCCAGGCCGCCGUCGCUGUCUCGCUAUCAUCGUCUCCUCUUUCUGCCGCUGCUCUUGCUGCAGGGUCGUCUUCCCCAGAGCCGAUGUUGACGCGCCCGUGGAAGGACGUCUACUGCGAACGCCUCCGAAUCGAGCGCAACUGGCGACGCGGGCGAUGUACGGUGCGGACGCUCAAGGGCCACACCGAUGGCGUCAUGUGUCUCCAGUUCGACGAGACGCUCUCGCACCCCGCCUUUCCGGUCCUGAUCACCGGUUCGUACGAUCGCACCGCGCGCGUCUGGAACCUGGAGACGGGUACGGAGGUGCACUGUCUCACGGGCCACACGCGUGCCGUACGCGCCCUGCAAUUCGACGCGGUGAAGCUGAUCACCGGCAGCAUGGACCAUACCAUGAAGGUGUGGAACUGGCGGACGGGGCAGUGUCUCCGGACGCUGGAGGGCCAUACCGAGGGCGUCGUCUGCCUGAACUUUGACUCGACCCUACUGGCGAGCGGGAGCGUCGACACGACCGUGAAAGUAUGGAACCUGAAGACGGGCGAGUGCUUCACGCUGCGCGGGCACUUGGACUGGGUGAACGCGGUGCAGCUGUGGGAUCUCAACGCGCCGGGCGGGUGCUCUGCCCCUCCUCCGUCCGUCGCGGACGUGACCGCUGCGGAUCCGCUCUCAUCUCAGCCCAACGCGGGGAAGAUGCUGUUCUCUGCGUCGGACGACGGGACGAUCAGGCUGUGGGACUUGGCCCUGCGGAGUUGUGUACGGAUAUUCAAGGGCCACGUCGGCCAGGUUCAGAGUCUGAAGCUGUUGACAGUAGAUGAGGACAGCGACGACGAGGACGAGGCGGAUGAUGUCGAGGCGACCAAUGCGCAGCCAUCAUCUAUAAGUGGUCAAGGCGCAUCUGGUGAUGCAGCGCUCGCGUCUGGCGCAGAUAACGCGGCCUCCGGCUACGUCGUGGACGCUUCGGACCCUGGAUCCCCGACGUUUGUUUCCCAGCCCUUGUCAACCUCGCAUGCUUCCUCGUCUUCGACUGCUCUCAUGAACACCCGUGCGUCCGCGUCGAAACGCCAGAAGCGCGUGCUGAUCUCCGGGAGUCUGGAUAACACCAUCCGGUUGUGGGACAUUGACUCGGGCAAGGCGACGAAGACGCUGUUCGGACAUAUCGAGGGCGUCUGGGCCGUCGCGAGCGACAAGCUGCGUCUCGUGAGCGGCAGCCACGACCGGACCAUCAAGGUCUGGGUUCGCGAGGAAGGCCGGUGCAUGGCCACUCUGGUCGGACAUCGCGGCGCCGUGACCUGUCUUGCGCUCGGGGAAGACAAGAUAGUGUCAGGGAGCGACGACGGGGAUAUCAGACUGUGGAACUUUUAUGGUUAAUCGUGUUGUAUCGUUCUCGUCUUUUGGAUCUGUGCCCUUCGAUUGCUUAUGCGAUGCCUCUCAUGUAUAAUACAUAUAUCGCAUGGAGUCCCGUGUUCUACAGCAAUGGCGAAGAAUGACUUCGCAUUUACUUGUGCAGUCGCGCUGUGUGUCGGUUAGCGGUAGCGUUCUU